AAGAAGUAGAAAAUAAAUGGGGGGUCCUUCACGGCAGUAUGAAGUUUGCAACAAAGCUCAGUCCAAGUACAAGUUCCCCUCUUGUCUUGUUCCUUAUUGUUCUCUGCCAUGUUUCAAGACACAUAAAGAAACUCCCAGUGUGAAACCGAAAUCCACACAAGAGAAGUCUGGAACCUCUAGUUUGAACUCAGGGUCCGUUAAUGAUGCUGUAACAAUUACUGUCAAGUCGGAGUCCACCGUUGAUGCUAUGACCCCCAAUGUCAAGCCAGAAUUAUCUGAAGGAAGAGCCAGUGGUAAUCCAGGAUUUCAAGUGGAAAGGAAACUAGAAGUUGAUGACCCAAGUGAAGUGCUACAAAUAAUGCAGAUGCAGGCUAUUGCUUCUUCCAAUGAAGUCCGUGAAGCCUUGAAGGAUGAACAUCUUCAAAAACUUAUCUCUAAUAUCGAUAGCUCCCCAGAAGCAUUGAAUGAACUCGACAAAGCUAUGGGAGUGGAUGUUUUCCGCAUUUUCAGUGAUAAGAUUUUAUCUACGAUCAAUCCGUGUCCACAUAUGAUAUUUUACAAAGGCCAUUGAAGUUCUUUUUCGAAUGAAUCGAUGUCAACAUGGUUAUAUCCAAGUUUUGCUGUGAGUUCAGAUGAGGAACUGUCCUGCCAUCUGAACCGGGUCAGCGGUUGAUGUUUCUGUAAGUUUAACAAUACAUAUUUUUAUUGUGUCGAUGAAAAUGUCUGCAAUGGCCUUUGUUUGUUGAAUACCAGGGAACAUCACUGGGACCAU